AUGCGCGCGCUCUUGCUGUCCAUCCUCCACCCACCAGGGUUUUACCUCACUCCGCGCUUGUUUAUCCCUACCACCCUCUGGUCGCAGGGCGGUGCGAAGCUGGAAAAGCUGCCGCAGAAGACGAGCGUGCUCCUGACCCUUGGCGCAGCGCUAGAAGAACUCCAGCGGCACUCGGACGAGAGGGAACGGGAACGCCGAGGCGGGUGGGCGCAGGAAGGUGCCGACUCGGAAGAACACUGGCAGCGGGCACUCGUCAAUUGGGAAAGGGUGUGCGAGGGCGUGAGGGAGAGCACGAGGGGCAAGGGAGGGUUUGCGGGGAUCCAGCAGCCUGGACAGGGUAAGACUGGUGGAGGGGGCAUCGGUUGGGGCAGACUGGGCAAACAGUGGGAUAAGGUCACUGGUGGGAAAAACCUUGAUUCCCCCGCUGCAUAUGUCCAGAGCUUGACAAAGGUGUUCCAGGCUGCUCCUGUGAUUGAGAACCAUCUGCGGGCUCUCCUGACCCCUAACGCUCCCUCAUCCUCUGGCCCUCUCCCACAAUACGAUCAUCUUUCGCCCUCGCAGCGCGCCGCGCUCGAUCGCCGCCUGCGCAUCUCCUCCGAGUUCUUCGCUACCGCCGUAGUGCCUUUCGUAGUGCGCGACCUCGGCUUGCUCAUGGAGAAAUACCUCAAGAAGGGAGAGAAGUGGUUAAUGGAAUGAUGACAUACCAGACGCGCCUGGAGCGCUUCCGCAGCGAUCGGCGUCCGCUUUGACAGUGACGGAGAGGAGGUGAUGUUGCAUAGAC